UUGUGUGCGUGUGUGUGUGUUGCGUUGGUCUGUGCGUGCGUGCGAGUUUGUCGUGAGUGCGCGCUUUUCUCUCAUCUGCGAGCCCGUUCUCUAUUCGGAUUUCUUCGAUUUCCGAUUAAAUUUAGGUUAUAAAAUUUGUUGGUACUUGUCGUUGUUCGGUUCUUGUUGAUUUUUUUUUCUCCCCCCGAGCUUUCGAGCUUUUUCAUGAUAACAGUGUUUUUGCGCGAAUUUCAAAACUUGUGUUCGAAUACCGUCACCGUCCGUCGUUUUGCUCGUUACAGCCAGCAACGCAGCCGCUAGCCGCCAGAGCGGUUAUAAAAAUAUGGCGCCAUUUGUCCGUACGCUUUAAAGUCCCGCUGUCCCGACCUCCGCCGCGUUGGAAACGUGAAAACGAAAAACGGUUGUCUCUAACAGCAUUUUGGUUUCUAUGUGAAAUUAUAUUCAGCAAUAAUGAGUACAGAAGUAGAUGAAGCAUUAGUUACAAAAGUCGAUGAAGCGGAAACUGAUGGAAGUGCUAUCAAACAAGAGCUUACCAAUGUAGAUGUGUUGGUAUGUGGUUUAUGCCAUAUAGGAUUUCAUUUUGUAGAAGAAUUUCAAGAACAUAAAGAUGGAGAAUGUAAAAAAGUAUCCGCAUUUCGAGACCAAAAUACCUCGGAUAGCAAACCGCAGAUUCUUGGAUUUUUACUAUGGAAAAACUCUCAAACUAAACAAAUAGCAGAAAAUGAAGAGGCAUGGAAGGUAUAUAAAAUGUGGUGUGUCUUACCUGAAAGUGUAAGAAAUUGUUGGAUAGAAGCUGCCAAAACUAUCCAUACUUAUGAUGAGUUAGCUAAAACUAUUCCUGAUAAGAUGAUUAAACUUGACACUUUACCAAGUUCUUCGAAUGGCAGUUUGGAUGAACUGCCACCAGCAGUUAUGAAACCUAGUGGAGAAUUUCCUUCAGGUCAAGAGUUUGUAGUUGAACGAGUUGUUGCACGUCGUUUUAAUCAGAAAAAAAGACAAUUUGAAUAUUUAUUAAAAUGGGAAGGUUAUCCCCCAGAGCAGAAUACUUGGGAGCCAGCAGAUAAUAUGGCUGCUUGUUCCCACCUAAUAAAACAAUAUGAGGAUUCAUUAGUUAAAAAUGGUACCAUUUCUACCCCAGGAAAAAGAGCAGGACCCGGACGCCCACGAAAGAUUGAACAGAUCCAAAAUAUAGGGGUUGUUAAACCUAAAGUUUCCCCGCAAGCGCAAGUUGAACAAAUUGGAGUAGCAGGGAGACCAGUCCGUAGCAGUAAACAAAAAGCAAUGGACCAAGUUAAAUAUUGGUGUGGUACAAUGAAAGCCACUGAAGAAGUUAUUGAAAGUAAACCAUCUCAACCAAAUAUUCUAAAACGUGAUUACGUUAUGUUGGAAGAAGACGAGGAAGACGAAGACACUCCACUGUUAAAGAAAAAAUAUUUUCAUCCAGAUUCUGAGGAUGAAGAUUGGGAUGAUCCAUCAUUGCAUAAAUCGAAUGCGUCAAUUAGUGAAAAUGAAGAACCUAUCACAAAUUAUGGAAAAAUUAUUUCUAGAAGUCAACUGACAAUGGAGGAACGCAUAAAGUAUAAUGUUUCAAGAAAUAUCACAAGACCUUCAGCAUUUCCUGUGUUAAAACGAGAAGAACGGGUUAAAAAAAUUAAAACUCAUCUGGCUCAUUUCAACAAUUUUCAUAGAAAUUCUGAAAUGGGCUUAUUACAAAUUUCACCACAUUUAACUCAAGUAACUUUAGCAGCAUCUAAGGGUUUUGUGAAAUUAGAAACUAAUCAAGUUCCACUAUCUGGUAUAUAUAUAUAUUCUAACAAUGAAGGAUAUACUAGAUUAAACUUAAGUGAUAAGACUCAGACUAUGAUGAUGAUGAUGAAGAAUAGGGAUGAUCCAAAAAAAGGGAAAGUGGUUUAUGCUGACGGAGCUCAACUUUUGCAGCCUCCAAAGAAAACCCUUGACCUAUCCAAAGCAAGAGAAACUGUACACCAAUCAUCUCCUUUAAUGAAAUCCUAUGCUAAGAAACCAUUUGUUCCACCCACAAAAAUCCAAGCUGCUGUAAAGCCUAGACCAUUUUUACACAAAGUUGCUGCUGCUAAUCCAGAGUAUGAAAAAUCUUUGCUGCAGAAACACCAAGGUUCUCCAGGGAUGAAACCUCAUCAUAGUAAUAUGACAUUUGUUCCUAGACGUACUUUAAAUAACAGAGCAGUUCAACAAGGUGCUUUCGCUUAUAACACCCUAGAGCAGUUAGAAUUUUGGGAAGACACGGCAUCCGACACUGAUGACGGCGGCCUGUCGGACCAUUUCCCAUCAGAAGACGUUUCAAUUCCACCUAAUAGUCCAAAUAGACCAUUAACACUUUGUCCAACAACUGGAAAAAGAUUAAUGAAAGCUGAAGGCGAAAAAACGCCAGAGCCUACUCCACCAUCAAGUCCUAAAACAAUGAUAACUAUUGAUGAAUCAUCUUUAAUGGGUAGACAACAUGACAAUUCUUCAUUACCAACAAUAAUUAAAUUGGAACCUGGAACUGGACAUUUAGGAAAUCAAAAUCCUAUGAUGUCUUAUGUUGAGCCAGAAAAAGUGAAUAUAAAUCGUACACCUCAGAUGCAACAUCAUCAAGCCAGACAAAGUUUUGUUAAUUAUAAAGACAUUCCAGCUGCUUCAAACUCUGGCUUACGCAUGAAAAAAACUAAUUCAAGACCUAAUAAUAACAGUAAUAAAUCGCUGCAUGUGAGCUCUGGAAUUUCAAAAUCCCAUAGUUCUCUAAACGUUCCAGCUCGAAAAAUACAACAGAAACAACAACAACCAAUACAACAACAUCAACAUCAACAUCAACAACAACAUCAUGAACAACAAAUUACUCAACCUUUCCCAGGACAGCAGGCUAUACUGACAGAUGAAUCUGGUCGUUUGAUAUUAUCUGCUGAUGAUACUGAUAGUAUGAUUACUUUAACAGGCGACGAUGGCAUGCUCUAUCAGGUUUCCGCUGCACAGUUAGCUGCUAGUGGAGGUACAGUUUUAUUAGCUGGUAAUGAAGGCGAUGGGCAACAGUGUGUAUACCUUGCUGAUGAUAAUGCUAGUAUAAUGCAAACCAACCAUAAUCAAGAAGGGAUGAUAGCAUUAGAUGAUUUUGGCAACACCGUUGGUCAAUUAAUGCCUCAUCAGCUUGACUUGGGAAACUUGGUAACUGAUGAUGCUGGAAAUAUGUAUAUGAAAGAUAAUGAAACUGGUCAAUAUGUACCUGUAUCAGCAACAGAACAGGGAGGCCAAGUUGUUAUACAAACAAAUGAAAAUUUUGCACAAGAACCUCAAGUUAUGCAAGAAGAUCCAGAUCAAUUAGUUGCACAAAUUGUUGAUGCUGGAGAGCCAAAUCCUGGAGGUGGUCCACGCAGAGUUGUGUUGCAAUUACCCGAUGGUAAUUUAAUGGUGACCGAAAUGGACGAAGAACAGUUUGCUGCUUUGGAAAUGGAUAAAUAGUAUACAUUAUAGAAUGCUAUUGAUGCUUAAGUUAAUACAAAAUUUUUUCAGCUAUUUUAACAAUAUUGAAUAACUAAAUUUUAAAUAUACAUUGUUAUAUUUUAUUUGUAUAUACGGUAUGACAUAUUAAGAUUUUUAAAAUCUUUCAUGUAUGACUGAUUCAAAUUGAAGAGAGCAAAAAAAAUGUUUCGUUAUUGAAAACAAUACAUUAUAUCUAUUAAGAUAUAUAUUUUACCAAAUAAAAAGUUUAUAUUAUUCUUAUGGGAUAUUAAAAAUGUAUAAUUACAAAAUUAAGGCUAAUUAUAAGAUUUUUUUAUUUUCAUUUCUUAACUUUGAUUUGGUUUAAUUUUUAAACUUUAUCAUUGCUAAAAAUGUAUUUUAACAAAUAAUGGAAAUGUCGUUUUUUUUUUAAUAAUUUUGGAAAUAUGUUUAGUGAAUUAGUUUUUUUAUUUGAUCACUUGUUUAAAUAAAAAAAAUAAACACUUGUAGAUUUUAUGUAAAUAACCUAUGUUUUGGUUGUUACUAAAAAAUCAAAACCCAUAUUAUUUAAAAUAAUACAAUAGUUUUAACAAAUGGAAUCAGUUAUGUAAAAUUUUCAUGUAUAUAGACUAGAUUUUAUUGAUAAAAUAAUAUAUUUAUUUUAAUUUUAUACUAAAUAUUUUAAAAUAAAAUCUGAACUAAGUUAUCUUUUAUACAUGUACAUAAUUGGAAAUAAAAAAUAUUAUACUUGAA